CCCACUCGCUCUGCUCUGCCGCGGCCACCAGCACCUCUCGGCAUCCCCGCAGGCGGCACGGCUCAGGCGCCUCCUCUGCGGCAGCCGCGCCUCGCCUGCCGAACCGGCAGUGCCGCAGCGCACGCCCAAGUGGCCGCUUGCCGCCGCCUCUAUCACCGCGGACCGCUGGGUGCAGGCCGUGGGCUGUGCCGCUGCCACCACCGACCCUGUACGGCUGCGGGCGCUGCGGCGCGCCCAGUGCUCUGCAACCCUGCGGCGAGCGGCAUGGGAUAACGCGGCCAUGGUGCGCCGAGAUCGCCUCCGCAGGAUGAGGGAGUGGUGGGUCCAGGUGGGGCUGCUGGCAGUGCCCUUGCUGGCAGCGUACCUUCACAUCCCACCCCCCCAACUCUCUCCUGCUCUGCACUCAUGGAAGACGUCUGGCAAGUUUUUCACCUACAAGGGACUGCGAAUCUUCUACCAAGACUCCGUGGGUGUGGUUGGAAGUCCUGAGAUAGUUGUACUUUUACAUGGUUUUCCAACAUCCAGCUAUGAUUGGUACAAGAUCUGGGAAGGUCUGACCCUGAGGUUUCAUCGGGUGAUUGCCCUUGAUUUCUUAGGCUUUGGCUUCAGUGACAAACCGAGACCACAUCAGUACUCCAUCUUUGAGCAGGCCAGCAUUGUGGAAGCACUUCUGCGGCACCUGGGGCUCCAGAACCGCAGGGUCAACCUGCUGUCUCAUGAUUAUGGAGAUAUUGUUGCUCAGGAGCUGCUAUACAGGUACAAGCAGAAUCGAUCGGGCCGGCUUACCAUAAAGAGUCUCUGUCUGUCAAACGGAGGUAUCUUUCCUGAGACCCAUCGCCCUCUCCUUCUCCAAAAGCUACUCAAAGAUGGAGGUGUGCUGUCUCCUAUCCUCACACGGCUGAUGAACUUCUUUGUAUUCUCUCGAGGUCUCACUCCAGUCUUUGGACCAUAUACUCGACCCUCAGAGAGUGAGCUGUGGGACAUGUGGGCUGGGAUCCGCAACAAUGACGGGAACCUGGUCAUUGACAGUCUUUUACAGUAUAUCAACCAAAGGAAGAAGUUUAGAAGACGCUGGGUGGGAGCACUUGCCUCUGUAACUAUUCCCAUUCAUUUUAUCUAUGGGCCACUGGAUCCUAUAAAUCCCUAUCCGGAGUUUCUGGAGCUGUACAGGAAAACGCUGCCGCGGUCCACAGUGUCGAUUCUGGAUGACCACAUUAGCCACUACCCACAGCUAGAGGAUCCCAUGGGCUUCUUGAAUGCAUAUAUGGGCUUCAUCAACUCCUUCUGAGCUGGAAAGAGUAGCUUCCCUGUAUUACCUCCCCUACUCCCUAACUGUGUGUAUUCCACUUAGGAAGAAAUGCCCGAAAGAGGUCCUGGCAAUCAAAACUAUUCUCUCAUAAAAGUCCACUUUAUUCACAUUGGUGAACAAUAGAAACUAGGCAGCAGAAGCUCUGACUAAGGGUGACAUGAUAAUCCACCUCCCAUUCCUGUGACAUCUCAUCAAGGGUAUGGCCUUUGUCUUUGUGUUAUUGGGAAAUUCUGAUGAGUAAUAAUACUUCUCAUCUAUGCAGAAAAAGAUAGGCAUUAGACAUUCCUUUGCAUAAAAUACUUAAAAAAACAAAAAUCCAAAACCUAUGAAUUUUUUGGAAAUGUUUAGAAAUAUUAAUUUCUGGCUCAACCUAAUUGGAACCCCAUAGCAGUGAGGAGAGGAGCUUAUUGCUCCAGUGGCUUAAGGCUCAUAUUUUAUUUUUUUAAAGUUCUCUAAACAACACAGUUUAAUUGAGAGAGGGAGUAUCUUGUCAUACCUUUGGAUUUAGUUUCAUCAGCUGCUUCUAAUUUUAAUUAUUAUUUGUUAAAACAGAUAUUGGCUUAGGGGCCUGGGGAUGUAGCUCAGGGGUAAUGUGCCUGCCUAGCAUGCUCAAGGCCUUGGGUUCAAUCCCUAGCACUGCCAAAAUAAAACAAAAAAAUCAAACCAAAAUAGAUACUGGCAUAAAUAAUACAGUGUUCUAAGUGCUUUAAGAUUGAUUUUCAUACACAUGUGUAUAUAUUUUAGCAGAAUACAAAAACAGUUGACCCUUACUUGCUAGAGUAGAAUCUCAUUAUAUGUGUAUUUGUGAAUUAAACUAAUUCAAACUAUUUACAGAAUUUCCUAAAAUCAUAAGACAUUAAAAAAAAGCCUAACUCCUCAUACCUCACUGCGUAGGCACAUGUUCCUCCUGAGCUGAAGUGGAGGAGAGGGGACCACUGUAAUACCUGAAUGUUCACUGAUUCCUCUUAAGAUGACUGCUUAGUGUCCCACUGGCUGCUCAGAAAGGCUGUCUCGUGUAGCUCAGCAACUCCUGUACCUUAUGGACAGGCAAGUUCCCAGACA